CAGAAAUUUCUGUCCCUUUGCCCACCAAGCCUGAUGAUCUGGCAGCACUCACCCGCGUUACAAACGUCCUGUUCUAUGACCUCCUUGCUUUUUGAAAUUACGAAUGUCUUACGCUGAACGCUCGCUGGUUGGCUCCGUGUUUGAACGCAAGACGUCUACAGUCCAAAGUGUACCCUCUCCGAGAUUCGCAAAUACUCCUGGCUCGGGUUUUCCAGCUGUUCAGCACAGGUCAAAGAGCGCCUUUGCUCGCGCAAGAGAAGAGGAAAAGAGCAGUAGUAAUAUCAGGCCAACAACUGUACCUCUCGUCCUACCCGCGCGUCCCGCAGAACAACUUCGAGACCUUGAGGUAGAUUUACCCACCACUGACGAUGUUAUGCGUCUGCAGAUUAGUGAGGACAACGAGCGCCAAGUGGAAAAUAUGACUGAAGAGGAGCGAGAACAAGAGAGGCGUGAGGUUGUAGAACAACUGGGAAGUGGUGUCGGUGACCUUUUGGAGCGUGUACGUGCUGCAAGAUCACGAAAAGCAACGAAGGCUCCCACUAUAGCUGAGGAUAAUCCUGUACAAAAGGAAGAGGCCCCGGAGGUCUCCCGCGAAAUUCCAAUCGUUUCUCCGCUACUAGGCCUCGCUACUAGGCGUAAUCUUUCGAGGGUCAAGAGCCUGGAAGAUUUCGGGAAAAGAGCUCCCCCGAUUUUGGUGACCAGCAGUACUAGACCUUCGUCACCAAGCAGAGGGAGUCGCAAACUUCGCUUUGCGGCAUUGACGCCUGACGAUGUCCAUGUAUAUGAGUCUGCUCUUGCGCUUCCUCCUCCUCCAGAUGCUCCAGACCCUUCGAUUGUUUCGUUGGGUACCUUUAAAGAGAAUCGUCUACCGCGGAAACGACCUCUGUCUCCUCAAAGUCCCCAGACUCAACCUGAGGAAGGCACUCCAGAAUAUAUUCGGAGACGAUACUUUCCAAAUGUGCCUGCAGACGACCCGUCUGUGUCUUGGAUGAAGCCCUCACCGCCCAAUUCGGAGCCUGUUUUGCUUCGCUUCGAUCUGACAGGUGCCCCCAUACCUGCAGAGAUCUCUGCCACUCUGCCUUCUCAUCUUGGCUUGCACCACCAUGCCGAUGGAACCACGCAGGAUACACUCUUGAUGAUAUAUUUUUGCUCCGGCAUUGCGCGUCGCCGGACUGCCGCAAUGAAUGAGAAGGGUGGCGUCGGUGUCCGGGCCAUUCAGGUCGUCUGGGAAUGUCUUGUUGGCUGGGACGCCCUCUUUGACGCUGAAUGUGCCGAGUUGGAUCUCGCUCCUGCCAUUAUGUCCACUCUGCAAGUGCCUAACUUCCUCACCCAAAGCCGCAGACUCUUCACGCAAGCAUACUUACCCCCUGAAUCCCUCGCCCAACUUCUGUCUAUCGUCUAUCGGUUAUCGCAGGAGUCGAAUGUCGUUGCGAAAUCGAUCAUGAAGACUCCUCGAUUACUCCCCGCCAUACUACAGUUCCUUCUUACACCUAUACCCCCACCAUCAGACUCACCGCUGCCUAACCCUGUCGCUCUUCAGUGCCUUAUUGUCCUCGCAUCCUCCUCUCGAACCAACGCUAUGGCACUAUGUGAGCCAGCCGACGCCCUCCUUCGCUUUAUUACCAUACUUCCCCCUAUCUCGCCCUUCCCUGAGCCCCUUGCAACAACUCUACUCACAGAAACCCUCCGCCUAUACACCACUCUUGCAUCCUAUGGUCUCUAUUCGCAUAUAACAACAUCUGCCGCUUCCUACUUUGCUUCUUUGUCGACCUAUGUUGUCUCAUCCAGUUCGAGACCGCUGAAAGUGGCAUGGGCGGGACUUGUGGAAUCAUGGAUAGUCUGUGCAACGGAUCCACAUCACACGACUCCACCGCAUGAUAUUUUAUGGAGCCAGGUGACUAGCUGGGGCUGGGGUGUUGAAGUACUCCAGCUACGCCAGGGAAUCGCUGAAGGAGAAGCGGAAGUGUGGGCGGCCAUCUGGAGUGCUGCGUCUGCAUGGCUCGAGGGUGCUCGGGUCAAUGGUAUCAAGGGAGGAGAGGGAGAACGUGCGGAGACUCUUAACGCAAUCCAGGACGACUUUAACAAAGGAGUUGAAGAUCGCGUGGUUAAAGCUGCCCUAGAGGCUUUGCGAACUGAACUCGCACAGAUAUACGAAACGCCACCAUCAGAGCGGUAUCAACACCUGCGGAGCAUUGGCAUUCAUGCGCGCGCGCUUUCUUCCGCAGUGCGCCUCUGGCUUGCAUGUACUCCUACUGCCCAUGCGGCUGCACCGAUAGGUGCUCCGCCGUUUAGCCUUCCUUUUGCUGAGCUAUCGUCUUUCUGUGCUGUUCUCGUCUCGCAUUCCAUUUGGUCUUUCGUUACCAAGGGUGUCGAGCACGCUACCUGCAGGUCCCUGGCGACCUUCUUGGCGUAUUUCCAUAGACUGUCGCGACAUAUCCCAGGGACCUCAGCUGACCUCUGGGUGGCACAAGGUCUAACAAUACUCGAAAGGCAGCUCCCUGGAGAAGAAGAGCACGCUUUUCACGUCCUUGAGCCCGUUUUAGCAGUCCUCACAACGCAGUUCCUCGGCACUAUGGCGCCCCCUGGCAUUUUGGAAAAAGGCGGAUGGGGCGUGAUUGAGCCUUUCCUGGAUCAUGCAAUUCGCCCGAGCCGGGAGGUAUACAUUGGCCCCAGCGACGUUACGCCAGAGUCGAUCAUACGGUGCACUACUCUUCGACUUCCAUCCUCCACCUCAUCAUCCUCUAUUCUCAAUGAACACCGCACAACAGGCCUUCCGUUGUCUCGCGUAUGGCUAACCACACCAAUUGACCAUCUUCUCCGCUCCGGGUCUUCACCCGUUUUCAAGGCACUUCCUUCCUCGUGGGACGCAUCGGAAGUUGAUGUUAUUCGCACGUCGCUGCUUCUUGUCAAAGCUACCCAAGAAAUUCUAUUGCGAUACAGCUUAAAGAUGGUAUUUGCUUGCAUGAAACACCAGGAACAUCCCUCGCCAGCUACAGGAGACGAAGAGGAAGUAUUUCGGGACCUCAUCGUUUCGAAAUUAAUGUCUAACGUCCUUGCACCAUUCACCCUCGGCGCCGCCUCCGCUUCAUCACCCUCAUCCAAAUUGCCUGAUAUUGACCUGGACCAGACCUCGCUUCCAUUCCUCGGAUCUGGCACUCCUUUUUACCAGUUUUACACAGACUUCCUGGGACUAUACGACGCUAUCUCCUUCUCGCACCCGAUCUUUGCCUCCCUUCUCCUUCCACCACUUGCCCUAACCUACCCUAUCGACUAUCGUCGGUUGUUAUGGGGAGACUUUGCACAUGUGCUGCUCGUCGCAGGGGAUCUCAGAGAUUUCCUGUACCCGGUCGAGAAAGGCGAGAUGAUCGGAAAAUACGUCAGUGCCCUUCUCCAAGGAUCAGUGGAUGGAUUCCUGCGCCUUGUUGCGGUGCACCACGGGGUCGAGGCCGAGCACGAGGAUAUGGCUAAGAAGCUGCUGAAGAUGGUGGUGGAGAACGGAGAUGGACGCACUGUUCGUGGAGAAGCGUGGAUAGCAGACCGGGUGGAAUUUGCGCAGCAGGCAUUGGGGAGCGAAUUGCACGAAAGACUUCAGGGGGUGUUUUAUGGGUAGUCAUAUUGGAUGCUUAAAUGCGGUAUAUAGCUCAGGUGGGUCAAGGUCGUGUUAUGGACUACACGUGUACAUCUCGACGGCCCGGGUAUGUUUAUUACACAAUGAGAACAAGGAAAACCUUGGUUUUGCGUAGUGGAUGGAUCCCUAACUUAUUGGACGCCACCUUGCAGCCUUCGUUCGGGUGCUACCAUGGCUUAUCAGCCUUCGAGCACCUACCUACCCCUCUGAGUCUGGACGUCGCCCGAUUAGCCAAAAUCAGACAGCAUCAUGGCUCCGAAACCAUUUGUUCACGUGC